GCCGUGGAGGGGGCACUCAAACUGAUACGAACGUGAUUAAGUCGCUCGGUCGCAGCUGAUGAGUAUGGUGACGUCGACCUGGCAACGAGCAAUGCAUUACAUUGCAAGUUCCUUAACACAAAGCGAUCAUUACAAUAAACUGCACGUUCCAAAUGGGUUGCACUUAUCUUUUUACUUUAAUCUCAUCUGUUGUCGCGAACACGUGACAUCACUUUUCUUCAGAGGGAGAACGCGCGUGCGCGCGAGGUUGGGAAAGGAAGGAGUGGGGGGGGGGGGUUGUCGUGCACGCGCCUCAUCUUCUUCUCCAACGGCUGACUAAAAUGAUUGAAACAAUUUGUCGGGGGCGGUAGGUGAGCCGAACAGGGACACACGGCAUCAAAGUCAACUUUGAAAAGAUGACCCCUCGAAAAGGAACAAAGAUGAAAAAAUAAAUAUGACUCAAGAAGUCGUCGUUAUUAAACCGGAAACGGGAGAGGAGAGUGGUUCGCUUAUUGUCUCUUUCCUCAUAAAAAAAAAAAAAAAAAAAAACCACAACAACUUGUUGACGGUUAAGUCGUUGUUUGGACCCUGAACGCACCACAGAUACGCCCAAAGUUGCCAGUAAUCUCCACUGCACUGUUGCUCCAUCCCACUAUGCCAACUCAGUCUAUGCUGCCGUUUGUGGAGAGCCCGGAGGCACUCACCCAAGACAGUUUGAUUAGCAACAGCGCCAGCAUCCCAGGGUCUGGCUCGAGCAUGACACCUCACGCCACCUACCCCUCAAAGACUGUGGCACAAUAUGGAGCAAAUGAGUCGCCGUCUUGCAUGUUUUGUGACCAGACGUUCAAUCACCAGGAUGAAGUGGGGCACCACGUUCUGACACAGCACCCCACAACUUUUUUCGAGCCAGCCGUGCUCAGAAUCGAAGCAGAAUUUAGGAUCCCGGGGCAGAGACCCUGCCCCAAACCAGGCAGCUUUACGCUGGACAAAGAGGAGGUUCACACCUGUAUAGUGUGUGGCUUGGUGUCGCAGGACGCUGGCGAGCUGGAGACCCACCUGAGGAAGCACAAGGACUACUUCACCUAUUGCUGUAAUGUGUGUGGACGGCGGUUCAGAGAGCCCUGGUUUCUCAAGAACCACAUGAAGAUGCACGGGAAAUCAGGAGCCAAGAGCAAGGCCCUGCAAGACCAGGAGGUCCCUGUCACAGUCAAUGGUGUCGUCCAAGAGCCUGUGUUAGAGCCUGUAGUCACCGCCUACAAAAUGUGCAUGGUUUGUGGGUUUUUCUUCCCAGACCACAGCAGCUUGGUCAAGCACAGUAAAGUACACAAUCGAGAGGCGGGGCCUGGAAAAGAUGAAGACGCUGAAUCUAAGGGCACAACUACUGAAUCGCUGACCCAAAAGAGUUUUUUUCACAGUCUAAAUCUCAAGCCUUCUCCUGGAGGCAAGUCUCUGAAACCUGAAAGAAUAUCAAAUUGGAUUCCGCAACUGGAUCCCUAUAAUACAUUUCAGGCCUGGCAAUUGGCCACCAGGGGCAAGAUUGCAGUUGGUCCCGUUACUACAAAAGAGAUGGGCCCGGAGGCCAGUACAGACAAUGAGGACUGCAGCUCUGAUAAGGAGCAGAUGAGCACUACCUGUUAUGAUGGUCAACGAGACAAAAAUAUAAAAGAGGUUCUCAGCAGAGAGCUCAAAUCUCAGCAGCGGGCUGUGGCAGCAAUCCUGGAACCACAACUACCACAGCGGAGGUCCCUGAUGCAAAAGAGCAAAGAGAAUGAGAGGCCCACCACUUGUGAGGAAUGUCAGCGGACCUUUAAGACCUACCACCAGUUAGUGCUUCACUCCAGGGUACACAAGCGUGAGGGAGGCGGAGAGGAGAGCCCCACCUCAUUCACUGAUGGAACGUUGCCCAGAGCAGGGUCAGCAGCCCAUAGCGAGGACGGGAAUGAGGAAAGCUUCGACACAGGUGAGGAUGGCUUCUACCAAUCUAAAGACCGAAGACUGAAACACUGCAGCUACUGUGGCAAAUCAUUUCGCUCAAGAUAUUACCUCACAGUACAUUUGAGAACUCACACAGGUGAAAAACCCUACAAGUGUGUUUAUUGUGACUAUGCUGGCGCCCAGAGGACAUCCCUGAAAUAUCACCUGGAACGGCGUCACAAGGACAAUCUUUCCGUGGAGACCUUGAGCAAACCAGUGACUCCUUUGCUUUCCCGGAGCGACAGGAAAGGAAAUUCAGCACUGAAAAGAUCCAAACUCUGGCUUCCUGUGGUCAAGGGAGAGCUGCAGGAUAAGUUGCAAAGUCCAGAUGGUGAGCUUGACAAAGCGGCUAUACAGAACGAUGAUGAGCAUGAGAAAGUAAUUGCUGAUCAAGCUUUCAACCCAACUGAGAAUGUGACCAUAAAGUUCCCUGAGGCUGUUAAUCUGAAGGUGGAAAAGGAGGAGAUAAAAGACGAGAACUGCGAGGACCCAUUAAAUCUGUCCUUAAAAGUAUGUCUCUCCGUCCCUGCCAGCACACAACCCAGAAAUGCAUUAAUUCCAUCUGUGUGUUCAUUUUGCACAUAUAAAACCAUCCACCCGGAGGUUCUGAUUAUGCACAAAAGGCUGACUCACAAAGAUAAGUGCGAUGGUGUAAGAAAGAAUACUUAUGCCAAACAGAGACGCCUUACAGGCUGCCCACCUGCGCUCCAAGGAAAAGACGUCAGCCCACUUGCUAUGAUUGACAGGCGCCACCCUCGCCGAACCAAGUCCCCACCAUGUCAACUGACAAAACCCAAAGAAAUUACGCCUGCCCACCUACUUCGUACUCCGAAGCUAAGCCACGCACCUUUUUACGCUGGUCGCCAUGAGAGAAAGCGUUUCGGGCUCAAUGAUGAGUCACACUCUGGCCAUGAGUCUGCUCACUUAACGGAGCAGGUGAGGAAGUCUAGCCGGGCCGGGAUGUACCAGACCGAGCGACUGCCAACCUUCACCAAAAUUGCAGCUGCGGAGAGGAGUUUCCCCAGGAGAAGCCCAGCCAUGUGGCAAUCGGACGCCGCCCACCGGUUCCUGUCUAGCCAGUUCGGGACCCUGCCUCAGAUUGGCGAGCCAUCCAGCAAGAGGCUAAAGCAAGCUUUACCUGCAGGGGACGCCAGCUACAGAGGACCACCACCAGGGGAUGGACCAAUCAGGCUGCGUCUCCAAGGGAGCAGUGUAAAGGGUAUUUCACAAGGGGUGCGUCCUCCUGCGGACAUCUUGACUCCAAUAAAGAGCGUGGCCAUUGGAGGAGGUCUGGAUGCUGACUGGAACAUGAUGAACCUACUGCGUGCCUGCACCCCCAACAACUUGGCAUCACUUUACCAUGGUGUCCCGGCAAACCAAAACAUCAUGGGACUGACUAACCCAAGAGCAGGGGGCAGGAGUGUGCUGUUCCAACACUUACCCACUCUACCCAGCCUGCCGAGGAGAGAGCUCUCAGCGCCCAUCUCUAAUCAACACUAUGUGACCUCUGAUAAUACAACAUAAAAAGGUUAAAGCACACUGAAGGACUUAAGAUAUUUCUUCACCUGCUGCCUGACACAAAUGAGUCUUUGAAAAUGUGAAAUUAUUUUCAUAUGCUGCUACCUUAUUUUAGAGACUUAAGUGUCGAGCUUUUUUUUUUUUUUUUUUUUUUUUUUUUCCCGGGACUGAAAAACAUGCACUCCUACUUGCGGGCCCAGAAGCUUCCAUUCCUGUUUGACCUACACUACUGUUCAUCGGUGUUUACCAUGUAACAUUUGUGUUUUUUCAGCACAUAGAGAUAUCAUAUAACCUUUGCUGUUUGAAAUGUUGCUCCUAUGUUCAUUAAUGGAGCCCCUCUCACAAAACACUGACCAGUGAGUUCCUAAUGUCAAACCUUUGAUGCACAAAGUGGAACUUUUGAGUUGGAGUAAAUUAUAAUGAUACGUCAAGAGUUUUUUUUUUUCAGAAGCCCAAUGUGCUACUUGGUUGUCUGGUUGACUGAGAAUGUUCGCACAGUUUGGGUGUUACCGUUCUUCAAAUGGUCCUUUAAAUUUACGUUGGUGUUGUAUGGCACAUUUUCAGUCACUUUUCAGGUGUCGCAGACUCUUGAAAGUCGUAUUUAGUUUCAUACAGCAGUUGUCCUUACCAGCCUAUUAUCUCAAAAGUCGAAUGGGUUGUCAGUGCUAAACAAAAGAACAAUCAGACAUGACAAAGACUAGCGGAAUUAAUUUGUGAAUGUGAAUAAAAUAUCUCAGGCAAAGUCAGAUUUACAACCUAUUGGUGCUACCUUGAAGAGCUGAGAUUAAGUUAUUUGUUCUUUUGUUUCACAAUUUGCCAAAUGAAAAGUAUUGUUUGAGAUCUGUAUUACACAAAAUAAAAUGAGGCGAAGAGGUGCAUGAUAA